CUGCUACUUCCCUCAAAGUACCAAACUUUCUACGUAACCACAAAACAUCCAAUUCUCUACGACCAAGAUGUCUUUCUCAAACACAGACACCGGCGACAAGCCUGCCGAUCCAUACAAGGCCACGAACAUCGAUGAGCCCUCUCUCAAAGAGAAGGUCGAGGAUCUCUCCGAGUUCAUCUCUUCCUCAAAGUUCGGUAUGAUGACCACGCGUGAUGGAUCCUCUGGUGCAUUGGUUUCCCGUUGCAUGGCUUUGGCUGCUAAGGAAAACGGCGGCAUCGACUUGAUCUUCCACACAAACACUGAGUCUGGCAAGACCUCUGAUAUCGAUUCCGACCCACACAUCAACAUUGCCUUCCUUAACUCUUCCGGAGAAUGGGCCUCCGUUUCUGGCACAUCCUCAAUCCUCACAGACAGGUCUACUGUCAAGAAAUACUACUCUCCAGCACUGAAGGCUUGGUUGGGUGACUUGGGCGAUGGAAAGCAUGACGGUGGACCAGAUGACCCACGCAUUGGCGUCAUCCGAGUUGAAGCCAAGACUGCUACAUAUGCUAUUACGAGAAAGAAUGCCAUCAGCCGGGGCAUUGAGAUGGCUCAAGGCAUUGUUACUGGCAAGGCACCAGCAGUCAACAAGUUGAGGGAGAUUAGCGAGCAGGAGAUUCAGACAUGGAGAAGCUCCAACAAGAUGGUUGAGUAAAUUGCUUGCUAAAUGCUGGCAUUGUACAGUAAAUUGAUAUGCAUUGCAUGGACGCGAGGAAUCAUUCGUGGAGGAGAGCUGAUACCGCUCAUUGCCUAGGCGCAUGUACU